GGAGCUGGGCUGCAGAGUGAGCCGCUGCCGCCCGCCUCAGCCGUCGCUCACGCUCCUUCCGCAGCCAAGGGAAACCACAGCCUGCCAAGAUGUGCAAAGGAUUAGCAGCGCUGCCCCACACGUGCCUGGAGAGGGCCAAGGAGAUCAAGACCAAGCUUGGCACGCUGCUCCAGAAGCCUGACUCGGCCAUUGACUUCAUCAUCCCCUACCCGGAGAAGCAGGAGAAGCCGCCCAAGGCCCAGAAGCCAUCACCAGAGGAGGCUCUGCAGUGGCGUGAUUCCCUGGAGAAGCUCCUGCAAAACCCCUAUGGGCUCGCCAGCUUCCGCACCUUCCUGCGCUCUGAGUUCAGCGAGGAGAAUGCUGAGUUCUGGGUGGCCUGUGAGGACUACAAGAAAACCAAGUCCUCCCUGAAGAUGGCGGAGAAGGCCAAGAAGAUCUACGAAGAGUUCAUCCAGACUGAGGCACCCAAGGAGGUGAACAUCGACCACUUCACCAAGGCUGUGACCAUGAAGAACCUGGUGGAACCGUCACCCAGCAGCUUUGACAUGGCCCAGAAGAGGAUCUUUGCCCUGAUGGAGAAAGACUCCCUGCCCAGAUUUGUGCGGUCGGAGUUUUAUCAGGAGUUAAUCAAGUAGCAGGGUGGCAGGGCUGUGCGAGGCGUUCCCCGCGGGCGGCCCCACUGCUUCUAACACCUGCCCCUUCUCCUGCAGAUGCUUUGCUUUCCUGAUACCACCCUAGAAGAGCACCUGGGGGUGUUGCUAAACAUCGCACCCUGUGUUUUGGACUGUCAGAUGUCCUGAUGUUUCCCCUCUUACAGUCUCUUUCCUCUCUCACAAAAGACUCUGGUGAUCCUCCCUGGUUUGGAGCCCUUCAGAAGGGUGGUGGAGCUGCCUCAGACCCAUGGUGACCAGCAGCCCUUCGGGCAGCUACAGGGCUUGGCUUUACCUACAGGCUCUGAGCACCAGCUCUGCCUUUUUAGGACUUCUUAGGACGUGUCAAUCUUUCUCCCAUUUUGGCCAUCUGACUGGUUUGGCCUGGGCUUAAUCCUUCCAGGGAGCUGCGGAGGCUGCACAGGGGACCCUCGGGGCCCUCCUCUCUGCAGCCAAGCCUAGCACAUGGCAGUCCUGGGCUGCAGAGCAGGGCACGGUCAUCAGCAUCACCUUGUCUCCAGGAAGCAGCUGAUCAGCAGGCACAGAGAUGGCAGUGAUGGUGAGAUGGCAGGGAUAGUGGGAUGGCAGUGAUGGCAGGCAUGGUGGCAGGGAUGGCAGAGUCACAGUGUGCACUGGGCUGGCAUGAGGGAUGGGCGGAGUGAGCCCAGUGACUCUGCCUGGAGUCAGCUGUGAGACAGCCUGUUUGCUUCACACUACAGACAGCAAAGAGGAUAAACCGAGAUCUGUUUGUUCAAACCCCUGGGGCCUGUUUAGCAACGCAGAGCUCCCUCUCGCUCCAGCCCUUGCCGAGCCUGCCGCCCGCAGCCCGUGCCCCCUCCCCAGCGCCUCUGCACAGCCCGCACCACUGCUAGUGGCUGCUGCUCUGCUUCGACUACAGCUGUAGCCCUUGCUGCAGUGGUUUCUUGCUCCAGUUGCUUCUCACUGCAGUAAGCAGGCCGAGGUGAUGCUUCUGCACAAACCCAAUCAAGAGGCAUUGAUUAGAGAAGGGAAGAGUAUCAUGUUAAGGGGAGAAAAAGAAAAGCUGCCAUUGCAACUGUUCAGAUUCAAUUAAAGAAAACCAAACCGACCCCCCCAAAAUCAACCACAAACACAAACCCAUCAUUGGAAAUGUGAAAAAUAAACCCCUGGCUUCUUGAACAGAUGGCAAACUCUGCUUAGCUCAUCUAGCCUGCAUCUCUCCUGUCUCCUCCCAUCUGCCCAGGACAUGUUUCCAUGAGGCUGUGUCUUAAACAGAGCAGCUCUUUUCAAACGAUCCAGUGGCAGGCAGCCCCCUGUUUGUUACCAGAAGAAAUCCCCUCUGAGGACAGGGCAAGGGCAGCCUCGAGGUGAGUGCGAGGAACCCCCAGACGUUUCAUCUCUGCGACGGUUUCCUGGUGCAGCAUCUGCGGGGCUGUGGCUUGCGAUGAGCACGCUACAGGCACAGAGCUGCCCAGCCAGCAACCCCACGGAUGAUGGCGAAGGAAGAAGCGGCCAUGGUCCCCACAGGCAGCUCGGCCUGCCCUGAGGGCUGCUCAGCCCUCCCACCUGCCCCGGGGGCUGCUCAGCCCCUGCUGCAAGGCACGAGACUCUGUCCCGAAUGCAGUAACAUAAACAACGGCUUUGCCAGCCUCUUCAAGACUUUCAAAAUCUGACCAAAAACCCAGCAGCCCCAAAUAGUUACAUGCUGUCACUAUGGUGACCAAGAAAAAUCCAUCCCGAGCUGCAGGAAGCGGGCUGCGUUCUCCAGGCAGGGAUGGGGAGGCGGGUGAAGGAUGGAGGCUAGCACAAGCAUGACUUUUUCCUUCCUCUGGAGUAAGUGGCCUGGGAAAGCUGGUGCUGGAGUGUCAGGGGGUGAUGCUUGCUGGGCAUUCCCCAGGGAUGAGUGCAGUGGGCAGCCUGGGCAGUCCCAAAGGAGCCCAUGAGUAUCCCGUUAGAAAGGUGCAGGACUCCCCCCAGCAGCACCCAUGGCCCAGAGCUGGUGGGCAGUGAGGAGGAGGCAGGAGCAAAGCUGGAUGCAGGAGGGGUCUCAAGCAGCCCUCCUGCUGCAGGGUACUCCCAUCACCUCUGUGCUCCCUGCACCCUCCUGACCCCUGCACUGACUGGUGUCAAGACAGGCAGUUUCAGUGUUGCUCCAGCUCCCUGCUCAUGGUACAACUCAGAAAUGCCAAACCAAACAGGCUGCCCCGCAGAAAAACCAAGAUCUUUCAUUCUUACAUAAUUCUUUGUCAGCUCUUUCCAGAUACUCUCCCAUGUUUCCCAGGGAAAUGCCAGGGGUGCUGCUGGAGGCUGUGCCAUGGAAACCAGAGAUGCCACAGCCAUGUGUGGGGCAGGAGAAGGUGUCUGGGUAUGUAUGUGCCAAAGAGAAAGGCAGAGGCUGGAUUCAGGAGAGGUUGUGUUCACAAACAGUUCUAUUGGAAACCCCUCCCCGGCUCGAUUUCUGCUAAAAUAUUGGAAGUCUGCUUUAGGGAGUGAUUAAAUAGUUGCCAGUCAGCUACUGAGUGGCCAUAAAGUGUGGCCACUGAAAUUGUUUUGGAGCUCUUGGGAAGUUGUGUUUAUGUAGAAGGGUCAUCUGGCUAAUUUACUGGGGCAGGCUCACCCUGGAGAGGCGGCAGUGCCUGUACCCACCCCACGUCUGAGCUCACCACAAGCCCAGAGGCUUGUCCAGCUGAUAUCAAGCAUUAUAUUUCUGGUAGGAAAUACUUCAUGUAUUUUAUCACUCUUGCUCUCAUGACAUUUGGUACAGGUACAAGCACCAUGCACCCGACAUUGUACAUCUGUAUCCCUAUAGACAUGCACAAGUAUACACACACACAUACAUACCUACUCCUGACGCAGGCAGCUGGAUCCCCAGUGAGUCAGAGAGCCAAAAAGCAGAAGCUUUGGAGCUUGUGCUUGGGGUCUGUGGCAGAGAGGAGCAUGCCUGAGUUUAAGUGUGGUCCCAGACCCCACUGAGGGAAACUCCGGUUGUUCACCUGAGUGAACAUGAAGGUGCAUCUUCCAAAACAUCCCUUGAAAUCCCCCUGUGCCCACAGCCCCGGCACAUCCCAGUGCCCCAGUCACCACAGCUGGUGGGUCUUGUGCUCUCCAAGGGACCCCAAGCCCUGCCGUGGGGCCGGGCAACCCCAUGCUGCAGCCAGGGUCCCUGAGCACCUGGGGGACAGGGAGAGGAGCCCCCUCACAGCCAGGGGUCCUCUGCUGUGGGUUUUCUGGUCACUUCAGUGGCCCGGCCCCUCACACCUCACCGGCCAUGGCGUGGAUCCCUAGCUCUGCCUGUCCCAGCCCCGGGCCCUGCUGAAGCCCACAGGGCAGAGGCAGGAGCUCAGGCUCCCCCAGCCCUUGGGCACUCCCUGGCAGGUGCAGAGUGCUGUGGCCAGGGGCUGGAGGAGGGUCAGGAGAGGGGGAGCAGCAGGUUUUCAGGCAGACAUUCUCUGUGUGAUUUCCACUCAAGAUCUUGACGUGGGGAAGAUGUGGGGCAGUGCUGUGCACUGAGGAACUGCCUGUGUUAUCCCAUAUUCUUGUAUCACUCAGUAAUCCUCACAUAAACAUGUAUUUCUGCUA